CUUUGCCGCUGGAAAUCGCCCCCUUCUCUUUAUUCCCGCGGCAGCAGGCGCCCCGGCCCCCGCGCCCGGCCGCUCCCCGCGUCGCUCGGCUGCCCCAGCCCCAGCCCCAGCCGCAGCCGCAGCCCGGCCCCGGGGGCGGAGCGGCCCGAGCCCCCGGCGCCCGCGUCACGUGUGCGGCGGCCCCGCUCCCUGCGCUCCGCCAUGGCUGCGCCGCUGCUGCUCUGCCUGCUGGGCCUGGCGCUGCCCGGCGCCAGCGCGCUGCACACCAAGGGCUCCGUGCCUCUGGACGCCAUCACCUUCUACAAGGUAGUUCCAAAGCAUAAGUUUGUCCUCGUGAAAUUCGACACCCAGUAUCCUUAUGGUGAGAAACAAGAUGAGUUUAAAAAGCUGGCAGAGAGCUCAGGCUCCAGUGAGGAUCUGCUGGUGGCUGAAGUGGGAAUAUCAGAUUAUGGUGACAAGCUGAACACUGAGCUGGGAGACAAGUACAAGCUGGAUAAGGAAAAGUUCCCUAUUUUUUACUUGUUCCAGGAUGGUGACUUUGACAAUCCUUUACCUUACAGUGGCCACAUCAAGGCCGGGGCUAUUCAGCGCUGGCUGAAGACUAAUGGCAUCUACCUGGGGAUGCCUGGCUGCCUCAAAGAGUACGACAUGCUGGCCAGCAAGUUUGUGAGCAGCACUGAGAAGUCAGAACGCCAGUCCCUCCUGAAAAAGGGGCAGGAAAGUCUGGGGAAAAUGAAAGAGAAUGAGAAGAAGUCAGCUGAGCAGUACCUGAAAAUCAUGAGCAAGAUCCUGGAGCAGGGGGAAGAGUUUGCUGCUAAUGAAGUCACUCGGAUCACCAAACUGAUUGAGAAGAACAAAAUGAGUGAUGGGAAAAAGGAGGAGCUCCAGAAAAGCCUCAAUAUCCUUGCUUCUUUCCUGAAGAAGAAUAAUGAGAAAGAUGAGCUCUGAUAUGUUGGAGAACUUUGUGCAAGCUGUGAAACACUGUCGAGAGUCCUAACCAGUUCUCCUUCUGCAAGCAAACCUCCCACUGACUUCAAGAGAGCAGCAGAUUUCCUUCUGGUAUUCUCAGUUUAGAAGAUCAAGAGGAAGAUGUUCCUUAGAAACACAGUAUUCUAAAUGUUGGGGAAAGAAAUCACCUAAAAGCAAGAUGCCAGUGUUGUGUCAUUCUAUUCAACAGCAUUGUUAAAGUAGACAGAAGAAAAAGCAGCUCUAGGUUGGCCUGGAGCACAUUCCUGGUGGUUUUUACAGCUGUUCCCUGACAAAUAACAAAUUCAGUCUCACAUUCCAUUUUACUUACUGUAAAAGGUACAGAUUGGGUGCCCUUUGCAUCCCAUCUUUCCCUCUUCUUAGUGUCUUUAGGCUUCAUGCUCAUUCAUCCAUCCCUCCUCCUCCUCCCUUUUGUUUCCCCUAUAGGCUCCUCCUGUAAAUCUUGUUCUCCUUACCUUUUUCUCUGCCUUCUCCUUCAUUGGCUCUCCUCUCUGGCUUGGGUAUGGUGAACACAGGUCCUCCAUGUGUCAGAACUUGCCCCUCAUCUUCUGGCUGAAGCAGUUGUGUCUGCUCCUGAAGAUGCCCUCUGGUACUGGCAGAGCAAGUGCUUUGAGCUCAGAGCAAGGGCAGAGUCUCCUCGAGGUGCUAUUACAUUUAGUCUUCCCACUUUGUGCAAAAAUGUGGGUUUUCAGAGGUAGAUUUGGGCACUGCAUCUCCCUGUUGGCUGUCCUUCACGUCCAAGCUUCAUUUCCCAGGUUCCACACAAGGGGAGGUGACACCACUGAGGACACCCAGAAGGCUCAAGCUGUAAUGAACAUGAACAAAGUCUUUCCUCCAGCCUGGCCUUCAGAAGCAAGGCACACUGCCAGACUUCAUCAGCACUGGGGGGCUUGAAGCAUCUGACAACCAGCUCUUGAAACAGGAGGCAAGAAGGGUUUGUGCCCUCACAAUACAACAGAGAUCAGUGCUCACGACCUGCUGCUGUGCACACAGGCUGGGCUUCAGCUGCCCGCUGCAAGAUGCUGUGCCCCUGGGCAGGGUUAGAGAGAGCUGAUGGGAGAAACAGCCCUGUGUUUUACCUUCAGCCUGCGUUUUAAGCCGUGCAAAACCGGUUUCUGUGGGAGCUUUGCUGCCUUUGGAAUGCUGGGGCGGCCACGGCAGAUCCUGCUGCAAGAUCCAUGUGUUAAUGAUGCUGUAAUAAUAAAAAGAGUGGUUCCGAUUGA